AAUAAAAAUGGCGGCAUCUCCUUCCUUAAAAAUAUAAAACCACUCACAGUCACACUCUCACCACACAUCUCCACCAACAACACCCACAUUAAUCCAACAAUCACCCAUUUGUCUCCUGUGUUCGUUGCUGUAUUCAUCAAUGGCGGACCAGGAGAACAAUUGCGGCGUGAGAGUCACGCGCCUCGCGAAGAAAAGAGCUAUGGAGGCAAUGGGGGUUCACUUGCAACCAAAGAAUAAGAAGAGAGUGGUGUUGGGUGAGUUAUCGAACAAUGCGGUAUCUUCGAAUGCCGAUACGGGAUCUGAUGGUGGUCAGAUCGUGAAAUGUGGGGCCAAGAAGGUGAAGAAAGUGGUGCAAGUGGUUACAAUGGAGGUGAAAGAGAAAGAAUGUGAAGUGGUUGCUGAGAAGAUUGAUGAUGGAUUGGUUGAUAGUGACCCUCAAAUGUGUGAAGCUUAUGUUUCGGAUAUUUAUGAGUAUCUUCGUAAUAUGGAGAUGGAGGUAAAGAGGAGACCAAAGGCGGAUUACAUCGAAAAAGUGCAAAAAGAUGUGACAGUUAACAUGAGGGGUGUAUUGGUUGAUUGGUUAGUUGAAGUUGCAGAAGAAUACAAGCUUCUUCCAGACACUUUAUACCUCACAAUCUCAUACAUUGACAGAUUUUUAUCAGCAAAUGUUCUCAACAGACAAAGACUUCAACUUCUUGGCGUUUCUUCGAUGCUGAUUGCGUCAAAAUAUGAAGAAAUCAGCCCUCCACACACCGAAGAUUUCUGUUACAUAACAGAUAAUACGUACACGAAGCAAGAAGUGGUUAAGAUGGAAGCCGAUGUGCUAAAAACGCUCAAGUUUGAAAUGGGAAAUCCCACAGUCAGAACUUUUCUUAGACGGUGUACUCGAGUUGUUCAAGAAGAUUAUGAUACACCUAAUUUGCAGUUGGAGUUCUUGAGUUAUUAUUUAUCCGAAUUAAGCUUGUUGGACUACAGUUGCAUCAAGUUUUUGCCGUCUAUGAUAGCUGCAUCCGUUACAUUUCUUUCGAGAUUCAUUCUUGAUCCAAAUUCACAUCCCUGGAACUUGGCGUUGCAACAGCAAUCGGGAUACAAGCCAUCGGAUUUGAAAGAAUGUGUUCAAAUUUUACAUGAUUUGCAGUCAAGUAGAAGAGCUGCAAAUUUAGUGGCAAUUAGAGAAAAAUACAACCAACAUAAGUUCAAAUGUGUGUCGGGGUUGUCUUCUCCUUCUGUGGUUCCGUCUUCCUACUUUGAUGACAUCAAGGAGCAAUAAAUUUUGAAAAAAGGAUGAUGGGUGUACGCGUACUUAUGAAGAUUUGUGUUCAAAUAUUGAAGGAUUUGAAUGAACGUGAAUCAUUUGACUUGAUUGGCGAGUCGAAGGGUGUGAGGCUGGCGUCACGCUUGAUGGUUUUGAUCGUGUUUAACGCAAGCUAUGACUAUGAUUGUAGUUUUGCUUUUACAGAUACAAUUUUGGAUGAGGAAUAGACAUUAUUUAUUACUUGUUUAAAUCAAAGGAAUACAUGUUACUUUUGCUAUCAGAAAGUUUGGUUUCUGGUUAUGGCUAUAAUGUAAUAAAAACAACUUAUAGAUUGAUCAA